AUGAAUGCAAAUCAACACGCCGGCGCCGGUGAGGAGAAGGGAAAAAGAGAAAACAAGUUCAGAGGAAUCCGGCGACGGCCGUGGGGAAAGUUCGCGGCGGAGAUACGUGAUCCGACCAAGAACGGUGCAAGGACGUGGCUGGGAACUUUUGGGACGGCGGAGGAGGCUGCUAGGGCUUACGACAGGGCGGCGUUUGCUUUAAGGGGUCAUCAGGCUAUUCUUAACUUCCCUAACGACGGCCAGUACAGAAGCGGCGCUACGCCGGAGCUAGGUUCAAGUUCCUCCGUACCGUUAACGUCCACUUCGACUACGUCUUCUUGGAUUAGUUUUCCGGUGGAGAAUGAUGAUGGUGGAUCGGAAAAGGAGGCGGCGGCGGCGGUGAUCGAGUUUGAGUAUUUGGAUGAUAAGUUAUUGGAGGAGCUUCUUGGAAAUUAA